CCCCUCGCCCCCGCCCCCUCUAUCUGCACUUUACCAUCUCCACGUUGACACACCAAUCAGUGUUCGCAAAGCUCCCAAUCUAUUCACUUCAGUACAUUAUUUCAUCUGCUAAAGUAUUCUGCAGAUUUAGCUUCAGUUGAAGAUUACCAAUAUUAAGAUUAUUUUGUUGCGAAAGCAUAUUUCUUUUUUGCUGCUAGUACCUAGUAAAUUUUAAGAAGAAAGGACAGAAAUGUUUGAGUUGCCAAAGAAUGACCAAAUUCAGAUUAGGGAGGUGUGGAAUGACAAUCUUGAACAAGAAUUUGCUCUGAUUCGUGAUAUAGUCGAUGGUUAUCCCUAUGUUGCUAUGGAUACUGAGUUCCCGGGCGUGGUUCUUCGACCCGUUGGCAACUUUAAUCAUAUCAAUCAGUACAAUUAUCAAACCUUGAAGGAUAAUGUUGAUAUGUUGAAGUUGAUUCAGUUGGGUCUCACAUUUUCGGAUGAAAAUGGGAAUUUACCCACUUGUGGGACUAAUACUUGCUGCAUUUGGCAAUUUAAUUUCCGUGAAUUCAAUGUCAGCGAGGACAUUUUUGCUAAUGAUUCAAUUGAAUUGUUGAGGCAAUCUGGGAUUGAUUUUAAGAAGAAUAAUGAGCUGGGAAUUGAUGCUGGCCGCUUUGCAGAGCUCUUGAUGUCUUCCGGGAUUGUUUUGAAUGAUGGCAUGUGUUGGGUGACAUUUCACAGUGGUUAUGACUUUGGAUACCUACUUAAGUUAUUGACUUGUAGAAGUUUGCCCGAGACUCCAGCAGGGUUCUUCCUAUUGCUGAACAUAUACUUCCCAAUGGUGUAUGAUAUCAAGCAUUUGAUGAAGUUCUGCAAUAGCCUUCAUGGAGGACUGAAUAAGCUGGCAGAACUUUUAGAAGUUGAGAGAAUUGGCGUCUGUCAUCAGGCAGGUUCUGAUAGUUUACUCACGUCAUGUGCUUUCAAGAAGUUAAAAGAUAACUUCUUCAAUGGAUCCACAGAGAAGUAUGCUGGUGUGUUGUAUGGUCUUGGCAUUGAGAAUGGAUCUUGAAAAAUAACAAGAACACACCUGUGUAUUAGCUGUAGUACUUGUAAGGCGUGGAAAUGUCAGGUGGAUUUUAUAGUUUCAGAAAUUGUUGCUUGUUAGUUCCUUUGAUUGCCCUUUUAACUUUGUGUGGUACUGAAUCCCUGGAGGGUGUUGUAGCUUAAGCAUUGUAAAAUAUCACAUACACAUUCCAAUAACAGUCAUUACAGCUCCAUCCUUCUCAACGACACUUUACUUUUGAAUUCAAAUUGUUGUUUGUGUGGAUUA